AGAUGCAAUUCGCUCUCAAACUGAUUGCACACAGAAAAAAAGUGGUCUAAAGAGGAAGAGAGAUCAUGGCUUCAUCGGUUGUAUCAUCGGCAGCGACAUUUUCCGGCGUGAACCGGAUUCCAACUCAGGCCAACAUGGUGGCUCCAUUCACCGGUCUUAAGUCAUCCGCCGCCUUCCCUGUGACCCACAAAACUAACUUCGAUAUCACUUCAUUGGCUAGUAACGGUAGCAAAGUCCAUUGCAUGCAGGUGUGGCCACCGGUUGGAAAGAAAAAGUUCGAGACUCUCUCUUACCUCCCCGACCUGAGCGAGGUGUCUUUGGCUAAGGAGGUCGACUACCUUCUCCGAAAUAAAUGGAUUCCUUGCGUUGAGUUCGAGUUGGAGCACGGGUUCGUGUACCGUGAGCACAAUAAGUCACCGGGUUACUACGACGGACGUUACUGGACAAUGUGGAAGCUUCCAUUGUUUGGAUGCACAGAUUCGUCUCAAGUGUUGAAGGAAGUUGAGGAGUGCAAGAAAGAGUACCCCAAUGCCUUUAUUCGUAUCAUCGGAUUCGACAACUCGCGUCAAGUCCAGUGCAUCAGUUUCAUUGCCUACAAGCCUCCCCACUUCUAAAUUCACUCUCCUUGAUUGAAACCAAACAUUUUCUUUUAUUCCAUUCUUUUUUCUUGUUUGAUUUCUCCAUUUAUAUGUCUGUUACUUCUUGUUUUGACCGGAAGAAAACCGAUAAUUCUACACCGGUUCGAACUUCUAGCAAAUCGAGUAUUAGACCGAACCAAAGCAAGUUAAAAAUUGGUUAAAGUUAGGUAUGCCGACUCUUUAUCAAACCAUACCAAACGGAAUCCA